UUUGCCUUUGAUUACAUUUUGUGCAAUAUUUAGGUACAAUUAUUUGAAUUUAGAAUUUAACAUUGCAUGAGGCGAGUUGGGGAUUUGGACAUAGUUAGUAUUUAAUAAUUAGUUAGUAUUUUUGUUUAAGGCUUAGAUUAUAGACAGAGACAUGGACUGGUAACAUUAUUAUCUUGCAUGUUUUGUUUACAUUAAUAAAUUGUAAUGAUUUUACAAAAAACAUUGAAAUUUAGUACUAACAUUGUAAAAUUUAUUUCUUUUCAGGUACCCCCGCCAGAAGGACGGAAGCACCGAGUCGCUGGGAAGUCUCAAGAGUCAUCACAGAUGCAUAUUGCCGGUCGUCAGGAAGAGGAGUUGCGAAGAGUUGUCCAACGCAGCCGUCAAUGCGUUUUAAUUGAGCUGCUGGCAUUAUGGUCGUGGAGUUCGUCUCGUGGCAGAGAAGUCGUCUGUGGGGAUUGUAGUUCGGACAAUCACCGAAGGAAGCCAGGUGCGUCGCGUCUUGUGGCCAUAGCUUCAGGAUUGGUUGCUUGGGGCCGCCGGUUCGAGAUUUGUUGCAGAGAGCCGCCGCAACGAGAUUGCCAUGGAAAUGGAUGUAAAAAUAGAAUUUGGUAAGUAUAAUAUUUGUUAUUUGUUAUUUGAUGAUUGCAUUAA